AUGCUGCGUGGUCUGAGCCUGGGCCGCGCUGCGCUGCGCGCCGCGCCGCUGUGUGCGGUGCGUGCUGAGCCUGUGCGCGCGCUGAGCGUCACGCCGAUGCGCCUGCGCCAGGCGCCGCCGGAGCCGAAAAUGGACCUGCCGCCGAGCGGCGAGCGCGCCGAAAAGACCUUUUCGCGCUUCUGGAAAAAGGUCAGCGUGGGCCAUGUGCCUGCGGACGCCGAGGCCGAGGAGCACUUUACCGUGCUGCUCGACAAGCGUGCGCUGCGCACGCCGGGUGGCAAGGUGCUCACCGUGCCGGCAGACCGCCCGCUUUUGGCGUGCCUCAUCUCGGAAGAAUGGGAUACCCAGACGCAGGUGCUCAAGCCGCACUCGCUGCCCCUCACCUCGCUUGCGUCGCGCGCCAUCGACGGCCUCGCGACGGAGAAAGAGCGCGCAGAGGUCGUCGACUACCUGCUGCGCUACUUUGAUACCGACUCGAUCACCUUUUACGAGAAGCAGCCCAAGGCGCUCGUCGAGCUCCAGACUACGCGCUGGGACCCGAUCCUGGAUUGGGCGCGCGAGUUUUUCCAGAUCGAGAUCAACGCGGCGCACGGCGCGCUGACGAGCGCGCAGCCGGCUGCGUCGCGUGCGCGCAUCGCCGACGUCCUCACCGCCCUCUCUCCUCUGGAGCUCGCGGUGAUGGAGCGCGCGGUGAUGACGACCAAGUCCAUCUUUACCUCGUUCGCCCUCUUUUACCGGCGCAUCGAGGCGGAGCAGGCGGCGCUCGCAGCCGAAGUCGAGACUGCCGCGCAGGUGUCGACGUGGGGCGCGGUGGAAGACUCGCACGACGUCGACCACGCCGAGCUGCGGCGCCAGCUCGCGAGCGUCGCCUGUGCGCAGGUGACCACCGAGCCGGAGCUCGUCGAGCGCUUCGUCGAGGUACUGAAGCAAAAGUAUAGCGCAUAG